AUGGCCCCUUCCCAGAAAGCAGAUACUACUGAGAUCAGUACCGCCGACCCCUCUCUGUACAGAAACGACACAAAUGCCUCCAUAGCGAUCCCCAAGGAUGUCUUCGAGAAACUCUACCUGACCCCCCAGCUGCCUGCCAAGGGCCAGUUGAGGGCGACCUUUGGCAAUCCAACUCCGCUAGGUCUCGUGGGUUUCAUCAUGACAAGUAGUCCUUUUGCUUGCAUCUUGAUGGGCUGGCGGGGUGCUUCAGACAUCGCAGCAUUGAUAGGUGUCCUCUACUUUUUCGGAGGAACAAUCCAGAUCAUUGCGUGCAUCCUGGAGUUCUUCCUGGCCAACACCUUUCCCUGUGUUGUUUUUGGAACAUUUGGAGCGUUUUGGCUCUCCCUGGGCAUAACUGAGCAAUAUGUAAUUCCCCAAGCUGCCGACCCAACAAACUUCUAUGCGAGCUUCGCCUAUGUUCUCGCAUUCUUCGGUGUCCUCAUGCUGAUGUUCCUUGUGUGUGCCUUGCGCACCAACGUCAUCUUCGUCACUUUGUUUGCCCUGAUCAUCAUCAUAGCAGAACUUCUCGCCGCGGCAUACUGGAGCCUGGCAGACGGUGCGGUUUCGCGCGCGGAAAAUCUUCUCAAGGGAGCCGGUGCCGUUACAUUUAUUCUAUCGGCCUUUGCGUUCUACUUGCUUUUCACCAUCCUUCUGGAGGCUGUAGAUUUUCCUUUGACACUCCCAGUGGGUGACCUCAGCACCAGGUUCAAGGGCAAGCGGGGGAGAAAAGCGGAAAAGGAACGCCGAGAUCUGGGUGUGUAG